AUGGAUGAAGGAGACGAGUACGUGCCUCAGAUCUCACAAUUGGACUACUCGUUAGUAGGGGGUGGUAUUGGAAUUGGAGGUAGUGGAGCUGGUUCAGCGAUGAAUGGUGGCACCAGUAGUGGUGUUUUGGGUUUAGGAGGAGCCGGUAUGGGAUUGGGAAUGGUUGGAAUGGGUGGAGGUGGUGGAUUAGCCGGAAUCAACGUUGCUGGUGGGCUUAUGGCAUCGGACGGAUUAGGCGGUACUCCAACAAUGCUUCAGAGUAGUGCUGCUGGCGAGCAACGUCAUCCGAGCGCACUCUACAGUGCCUCGGGUCUAGGAUCGUCGACUAGCUCAGCAGUGAAUAAUGCACGAAUGCUCUCACAAUCACAGUUAUCUUCCUCCUCUGCUUCGUCAAUGCAUCAUAUGCGACAUCCUUCAGCGAGUGCCGCCACUCCACUCGGCGCAUCCCCUUAUCGUACGAUGGAUUCACCGAAUUCGAAUCUGAACAGCAUGCAAUCCGGAGCAGCAGCCAGUCUUUUACAGCAACAGCAACAAUUAAACGCCGGUGCGAAUAACCCUUUGAAUAGUAAUAAUAAUGCUAGUGGUAUGUGUAUGAUGCGUGGAAUAGCCUCAUCGUCAGGUAUCUCAUCACAGCAACAUGCAUCUCUUAAUAGCAUGAAUAAUCCUUUAAGUAGUAGUAAUAGUAAUAGUGGUACGAAUAUGAAUAUCGGUGGUAGUCAUCCUUUACAACAGCUACAGCAACACCAACAACAACAGCAACAGAUACCUGCGCCAAGCCAUAAGGGUGGCACAAAGGGAGCCGGUACGCGAAGACGUAAAAAUAUGAAUGCAGCGAAUGUAAAUAGUUCAACGGCAAAUAGCAAUAGUAAUAAUAGUGCGAACAGUAAUACGGGAAGUGCAAUGAUGGCGUCUUCAAUUGGAGUCGGUGGAUUAUUCAACAGUUUGGAGCAACAACAUUCGCCGAUGACCAUGAUGGGCGCUGGUGCCACUCAACAGCAACAGUACUUAACGUUGCAACAGCAACAACAACAGCAGCAAAUUGGGACCACUGGAGCAACAGGGAGUGGUGGAACCCUGUUGAGCGGUGUUGGGGGUAUGGGUCUGGGUGUGAGUAGUAGCGUUGCAAACAGUAUGAAUAAUAGUAACAGUAGUGGUCUGAUGAGUCCGAUGCAGAGUAUGGCCGCCAUGUCACAAAGUCCCUUGAUGAGCAAUUCGAUGGGUGGUGGUGGUCUUGGUGCGCAAGGUGUCCCUCCCAACUACCAGAUGCGUCCUUCGCCGCAACAGCAACAGCAAAUGAUGAACGCUAGUGGGAUGUCGUCGAGGAAAGCCAACGCUGCAAAUGAGAUGCAAAUGAGGCAUCCGAACAUGAUGGGACCCGGGCCACCUGGCCUAGGUGGAGGUGGUGGAAUGCCGGGAAUGGGGCCGAUCGGUGGCGCUGGCUCAGCAAUGAUCCCGCCUGCUAUACAGCAGCAGCAACAGCAACAGCAACAACAGAAUCAACAUAUACUAAUGGCACACGCUCAACAGUCGUACUAUCCGUCGGCAGCCGAUCAACCAAGUCAAGCCGGAUACUAUUCGACAGCUGCAACGAAUCGUAUGAUGUUAGCACAUCCAGCAUCGUUAUCUCAGCAACAACAGCAAACACAACAACAGGCACUGCAUCAACUGCGCGCACAACAGCAGCACCAGCAGCAACAGCAACAGCAGCAACAGCAACAACAACAACAGUCACCAUCAGUGCACAGUACAACUUCAAGUGCUAACGACUGGCCGAAUACAGCAUCGCCUGGUCGUAGUACACCAAGAUACCCAAAUAAUCAACCAUUGUCUCAAGCAGUACCAAGCUCACAAAACAGCAACAGUAACAAUUAUGCAAGCGGUGGUAGUAGCAUACAAAUUGAAAUACAACAAGUUGAACAACAACUUCAAACAAUGUACGAUAUACCGAAUCGUAAUCUACAAACCGCUCAACAAAUCGAGCAAUUGCAAUUACGAUUGCAAUAUUUGCAACAGUGUUCGAUGAGCGAAUGUCGUGGUGGUGACCCAUCCCAGCCUCAACAUCUAUCCAACGCACCAUCACAGCAACAGCAGCAGCAACAACAACAAAGGUCUGGCGGUGAUCAACAGCAAGCCCAAAAACAGCAACAACAACAACAACAGCAGCAACCUGUAUCUGUUAUGCGUUCAGGCUCACAAGUUCAGCCAGAUGUGCCAGGAGGACAUACCCUAAUAAGCGUUUAUCAUCAGUAUCCCACAAAUACGCCGCCAACCCCGUCGAGCGCACCGAGCGAUCGAUUGACCCCGAAGGAUUGUAUACCACCCGAACCGAUCCCAUCGACAAUGCGACGAAACUCAGUGGACGAGCAGCAAACGUCGGCGUUGAUGAACAAUUCAAUGAUCAAUAAUGGUUUGAUGAAUGCAUCAACAGGUAACGCUGCCGGUGGUGGAAUGAAAACAUACGGAAGCAAUUCAGGAGCAGCAACAGCAGUAUCUAAUGGCGGUUCUUCACUAGGUAGUGGCGGCGUUGGGCUUUCGAAUAGUGCUAUGAUGGGAGGUGGUGGUGGGACUGCGAUGACGAAGAGCGGUGUGUUGCCAACGGAAACAUCCAGCGGAAUCGGAAUGGGAAUGCGUAGCGCAAUGCAUUCGUCGGUCAAUAUAGCAAGAGGAGGGGGUAUGAUGAGUUAUUAUAGUUCGGAACAACAGCAACAGAGCAGCAGUAUCACCUCUUCAACAAACGCCCAAAAACAGUCUUUGAUACAACAGCCACAGCAGCAGCAGCAGCAGUUACCUCAUACUCCAAAUCACCAGCCGUUCGCUGGCUCUCAACAACGUGAGGAGUCUCUUCUGAGCAACACGAGCGCGAUUAGCGAUGAGCUCCCACCUCAAACACCAAACGCAAUGACGACAUCUUCAAUGGAUUCUGAUGUAUUAGCAACAACCGCAAAUGUAUCGCUUCCAUCAAACCUGCAGCCAUCCAUAAAACCCCAACAACAAUGUGUAGCCGAAUAUCAGAGCUUAUCACCGGCAACACCUGAAUCGCAGUCAUUACCGAAAAGUCCGACGGAUCAUUUCUCGUCGAAAGUGGACGAGCCGCAUCGAAUGAUGGCUGCUGCUGCGGAAGAAGGCAAUGAAGAAGUGGAGAGCAGAGGAGGAUUGCGACAGAGUGUGCGAAACGAGCCACAACACGAUGAUGAUGAUGAGAUUGCGAUGAGUGAAGAGGAUACCACUACGACAACGCGAAACGAAAGGCAUUUUGCUGCUGUUGCUGCUGCCACCACGAUGGGUCAUCGAGAAGGGUCCAGAACGAAACCGACUGAAGAAGAUACGGAAGACAUUUGUGAGUUUACACUGGUAGCGGCGCAGCCAUCGUUUGAUGAGUCUUCACCGUCAUCAGAGUCAGCGAGAUCGUCCGCAGGCGGCGGCAGAACACAUCGACAUCAUGAAAUCAAGUCACAUCAUGAAGAGUUGUUGUUGUUGGAUCGCAAGAAGUCUUCUUCACAAAAUCUGGAGCAGCAUAUGCUACUUCAACAGCAACACCAACAUCAACUACAACAACAGCAUUCCGAACCUGAACUUGACGAUUCAACCACUGAACAGAAACAAAACAUCACGAAAGGUAACGACGACGGUUGUGGAGCGAUGAAAAUCGAGUUGGAAGAAUCGGUAUAUGAGGCAUCCUCGUCGUCGUCUACAUAUGAAGUUCAGCAGCCGCCUAGAGCGACAUCAACUGAAGAGGAUGACAAGGAAAAGUUUAUGAUGUCUGCAGAGACAACGUCACAGCAGAACGUUUCUGAAAAAGUUAGUUUGAAGUGUUGCGUUUUGUUGUUCUGUUAUCUUAGUUAUUUGAAUAAGUCGUAA